AUGCCAACAAUUAUUUAUAAUCUUGCCGAUGAAACACCAGCUGGUUCAUUGAUUGGCAAUGUGGCAGAGAAUUUAUCCCCAGACUAUGCAUCGAAGUAUACAUUUCUUUUAAUCUCCUCGACAAAGUUUCAAUAUUUAACUGACUUCUUUCGAAUUUCUCCUAACGGGGAUUUGACUACUCUACGUCAUAUUGAUCGCGAUAAUACAAAUGAAGUAUGCGGUCCACUGGAUUGUUGUUCUUUGCCAAUAUGUCAGACUGAGGCGAAUGUAAUCCUUACUAGGCAAUGGGGAAAACAUGAGAAGUUUGAUCGUUCUAAGACAAAGGAAUUAACAAAAGGUGGUGAAACUGAUGAAGAGGCGUUAGAACACAGCGCCGGUAAAUUGACUGAGUCUCAUGAACAACGCAUGAUACGACUGUUCAUCAGAAUUAAUGACGCGAAUGAUAAUCCGCCGAGUUUCAUGUCAACUAAUGUGAUUAACCAGGAUGCAGGGAAUUCAGCAAAUCAACUAACCAACAGACCAUUCAUUAUUUACAUCAGAGAAGGUGAUACAAAUGGAUUUGAAGGUCUUCCAGUGGCUUCAGAUGCUGAUUCAGACGUGAAUGGUAUUGUAAUGUACAGGCUGGUAGAGCAAACGAGUAAAGGUGAUCCAGUUCAAACACCACGAUUGAAUAUCAGUAUGGCAUACUCUGAUUUUACACAGAAAUCUAACGGUAAUUCUGUUAGUUCACGUCAUUUAAAUCCAAAACUGACACUUCUGAGACCAUUAGAUUAUGAGAAUGUAGAUGACAGGGAAAUUUAUGCCACAUUCUAUGCAAUAGACGGUGGUGAUCCUCCGUUAACUGGAUCUUUAUCCAUAAUAGUCCGUCUAUUGGAUGUCAAUGACAAUUCACCCAUAUUUUCACAAUACACCGAAGCAGAACGUCUAAUUACUCUGCCGGAGAAUACAACUUUAAAUUAUAAACCAUUUAUUGUUGUCAAUGCAAGUGAUGCUGAUUCUGGGGAUAAUGGACGCAUCGUCUACUCCUUUAGUCCAUUGGCCAGUAAUCUGGUUACAUCGAAAUUUAAUAUUGAUUCAAGAAGUGCAGCAAUUACAAUCAGGGAACCGUUAGAUUAUGAAAUCUAUUCAGAGAGACAAUUCGUCCUACCGAUUGUCGCCAAAGACUUAGGCAGUCCACAACACUCGAGCACGACAACAAUCUUUGUACAAAUCAGAGAUAUUAAUGAUAAUGUGCCAACACUUGUAGUACAAGAGAAUAUUACAAUACCUGAAGGACAAGUAUUCACAAAACCUGUACUACGUUUCUAUGUAAGAGAUGAAGAUGAAGUAUCUCAUGGAAAUGUGAUUUGUAAACCAGUUCCCCUGGAGGCUGAUCAUCUUGCUGACGAAGAGCUUGUAGCUGGUCAAGAUUUCCUCAGAUUGCAUCCAGUUUCUGAUACGGUGUUCUUUGUUUUCACUAAAGGUGUAUUCGACUAUGAAAAAACGCCUCGAGCAGCCUUAUUGAUUGAAUGUCUAGAUUCAGCUGAUGUGGUCAAAGGCAGAAAUGAACAACACCGCCAACUGGACGGCAACCCUCACGAACACAACAACAUGAACAGUCGCCGAAAUCACAUUUGA